GAAAUGAGCUACCCAAAGGUCAUAGUUCGUUUGUGUGUCCACGCGCACACGUGCCCUGCUUUAAAACGCUCAAAUGAAGACUUUUGAGACGUCGUCUCGACAAUCUUCCAACGUUCUCAAAAUGCAUCGAGACAUUUCGCCGUCGUCGUCGGGACGAGGAGGACGACGGCGACGCGGGCAAGCCGUUGAAGGCAAAGGAAAUGGCGAAGGGGGAGACCAGCAAGUACGAGUGUCCCGACGACUUUGUGAGCUCGCGCCGCCCGCUGACGGACUUGCUGAAGGGCAACGAGAGCGAAGUGUGGCUCGUCAAAACGCCCGCCGGCUUCGAGCCUCGAAGUUUGCACGGCGUGGAAGUGAAUCUUUGCGGCUUUCAGACGCUGACGCUUCCUUCCGCCGGGGACGCGAGCGACGGACAGCCGGUCUACAACAUCCUGGCGUCCGAUCACGGCACCGCCGACCUCCGCCUGCUCGCCGCCGGUUCUGCGGCGGUCGGCCCCGCCUUCUGCGGCCUGCUGAGCGUGUACGAGAGCUACGGAAGCGCCGGCGCGCCGCCCCCCGUCGCCCGAGCCGCCCCCGCGCCAACCAUCCCGCCCGGACUCAAACAGAGAUUCCGGCCCUUCGGAAGCGAGACGCCCAUCACGACGCGGGAAACCCGGGACCAAGACGGGAAGACGAAGAAGAAGAAAAAGAAAGACGAGCGCAUCAAAGCAGAACCAGGGGACUUGGAAGUGACGGUCAAACAGGAAGUUGAGGAACCAGCCCAGGAACAUCGGGAAGACAAGAAGAGGAAAAAGAAGGAGAAGGAGGAGCUUGUGCAAGUGAAACAGGAAGUGGAAAGUGAGCAGGAAGUAGCGGACGCGUGGUACAAAAACGACGGCUCGGCGAAGAAGAAGAAGAAAAAGGAGAAGAAAAUCAAAAAGGAUGACGACUAAAUGCCAAGAACUCAGAAUUAAACGUUUUCUUUUUGGAAGAAAACAAAACAAACACACCUCCAUUUUCUGUCGCGUUCGUCGUAACUCCAAACACUCGUUUUCCCAAAUCAUCUUUCAAUGCCAAA